AUGUCAAGUCGUGCAACGCAUCAUCUCCGGGGUUGUUACCCUCGCGCGCUUCGAACUUCAUCAGCUUUACGCGCAUCCAACAUAGUAUCAAGACGAUGCACGCAUCCAUCAACUGUCAGGCCAAUUAUAUUCGGUCAUAAAAAGAAUUGGCAAUAUUCAUGUCUACGCCAGUUCAGCGCAUCCGCCCUUUAUACGGCCGAAACUAAGAUCAUCUGCGUCCCCUCCAUGGCCGAAUCCAUCUCCGAGGGUGUCCUGUCGACCUUCAACAGACAAGUCGGCGACUACGUUGAACAAGACGAAGAAAUCGCCUCAAUCGAAACUGACAAGAUAGAUGUCGCCUUAAAUGCUACACAUAGCGGAACAAUCACAAAGUUACUUGUCAGCGAGGGCGACAUCGUCACGGUGGGACAAGCUGUUAUUGAGAUUAGCCUCGAAAAAAGCGAUACAACCUCACAAUCACCACCACAAUCGCAAGCGGAACGAACUUCUGAACCUCCUCAGGAAGCCACUCAAAAACAACAAACACCUACUAGGGAAACAAGACCCUCCCAAGAGCCAAUGAAAGAAACGACCUCUACACCCACUCCUACCCCAAUAGCCACUCCACUGCCCGUCAAAAUGUGUCGUAUGCGCCUGCGCACGGCAGAGCGUCUGAAAGAAUCGCAGAACACAACUGCGUUCCUGACGACGUUCAACGAAGUCGACAUGAGCAAGGUUAUAGAGUUCCGCUCGCAGAAUAAGGAGGCCGUGCUUCAGAAACACGGUGUCAAGCUGGGUUUCAUGGGCCCUGUGGCGCGGGCCUCCGCGCUGGCUCUUCGGGAGAUUCCGGCUAUCAAUGCGUCCAUUGAGAAUGACGACACGAUUGUCUUCCGCGACUACAUCGACCUUAGCGUUGCCGUUGCGACGCCCAGAGGCUUGGUAACACCAGUGCUACGUAACAUGGAAAGCCGGAGCAUCGUGGAAAUCGAACAGGGUAUCGCGGAGCUGGGUAAAAAGGCUCGCCAUGGCAGAUUGACCAUGGAUGAUCUGAUUGGUGGGACCUUUACGAUCAGCAAUAGCGGAAUCUGGGGUUCGUUGUUUGGCACACCCAUUAUCAAUAUCCCGCAGACGGCUGUGCUUGGUAUCUACGGAAUUCAGCAGAGACCUGUAGCUAUUGAUGAACGAAUAGAGAUUCGUCCGAUGAUGUAUACUGCGUUGACUUAUGAUCAUCGGCUAGUCGACGGCCGUGAAGCAGUAACGUUCUUGACGCUGGUCAAGAAGUAUCUUGAGGACCCAGCUAGUAUGCUUAUACCGUGA